AUGUCCAUGUAUCCUGGCCAGCACCAUCUCCGUGCCCAAGGCACUCGAUCCACCCGCAGCGCCAGCAUCUACUCUGAGGGCUCUCUCAAUGGCUCGGAGACGCGAUCGCUUCGCUCCGUGCACUCGGAUCGUCGGAGACAUCAGCGAACCACAUCGGACACGGGCACCAUGAUCUCAUUUCGCUCAUAUCACAGUGAAAUCCUCGCAGACUCAACACCGCCCAUCGUGUUUGUGUCGCCGCCGCCGAAGAAUCUGCUGUGCAUGCUGUGCCAGGGCGUGUUCACGGAACCCGUCAUCGCCCAGUGUGGGCAUACCUUCUGUCGGGCGUGCAUAGCGCGGGCCGGUCCAAGCGGUGCGUCAUUUUGUUCCCCUGUGUGUGUGUGUGUGUGUGUGUGUGUGUGUGUGUGUGUGUGUGUGUGUGUGUGUGUGUGUGUGCACGAUGGCGAAGCUGUACGCUACGUCCCGGACCCCGGCGGUUGCCAGACCAUCCUGCACAUGGGCGACCAGAAGAGCCAUGAGCAGGUGUGCGGGUACGCGAAGAUUGUGUGCCCAAACAGCAGUCGUUGCGGCCCUGUUCUCCGCAAGGAUCUCGUGAGGCACCUGGACCAGUGCCAGCACCACAAGUGCCCAUACCACCAGCAGGGCUGUCCGUUCACGGGGAGCAAGGCCGACGUGCAGCACCACUCUGCCAGCUGCGAAUAUCGCGAAAGCACAGACGCCACUGCCAUUGUCGUUCGCCAAUUGCAGGCGCAAUUGGCAAGCAAGGAUGCGGAGAUUGAUGAGCUGAAGCGCUCUGUUGCGCAACUCACAGACCGCCUCGCCUUUGUGGAGCAAGCAUUCAGGCAGCAUGAGAUGUCGACUGCGCUGUCGCUGGAGCGAAUUGCAUCAGACGUCUCCGAUUCCCGCAGAGCAAUUGCAGACAACACCCGAGACUUGUCGACGAUUCAAGCAAAGCUCGGCAUCGUGGAAGAGAGCGGGCUGAUCAACCAAUCGCACAAGUACAAAUGCCAGGGCACCUUCGUUGGACACCAAGGUCCCGUGUGGGCGCUGGCGGCGCACGGCGACAUGCUCUUCAGCGGAUCGUCGGACGAAACAAUCAAGGUGUGGGACACUGCGUCGAGCUUCACGUGCAAGCGCACACUGCAGGGACAUCGCGGCACCAUCCACACGCUCGUCGUCCACGGGCACAAGCUCUUCAGUGGCUCCUCAGACAAAACGAUCCAGGUGUGGGACAUUGACACGUUUGAGCUUCUAGACACGAUUGACAAGCACGACGAGCCCGUGUGCACGCUCGCCGUCGCUGGCGACGUCCUUCUCAGCGGCUCCCUCAAAGUCAUAAAGAUGUGGGAUCUGCACACCCACGAGUAUCUUGGUCAGAUCCAGGACCUCAACCACUGGGUGCGCGCAAUGGUGGUCGACGAGCAGUAUCUCUACGCCGGCUCCUACCAGACCGUAUCGGUGAGCACACAUAUGUGGCUGUUUGUUUGUUUGUUUGUUUGUGUGUGUGAAGGUGGGAGUGUGUAUUCCCUGGCAGUGUCGGCAGAUUACAUCAUUGCGGGAACCUUUGAGAACCUUAUUCACGUCUGGAACAAGGAGUACACAAAGGUGGAGACACUCACAGGGCACCACGGAACGGUGUUUGGACUGACGGUGAUGCACGAUGGACAGAACAAAGGACGCCUGUUCUCCACCGCUUACGACAGAACCAUCAAGGUGUGGAGUCUGGACACGUUCCAGUGUCUGCAGACGCUCUCGCGCCACACGCACAGCGUGGACUGCAUCGUCAUCCACAAAGGCCGCAUCUUCACCGGCGCCGCCGACAGCGCUGUCAAGGUCCCGUGAUGUGAUGUGUUCGUUGGUUUGUUCGCGCGCGUGUGUGUGCUGUGUGUUCGUUUGUGUGUGAUGUAAUAUGUGUGCGUGCGUGCGUGCGCGCGCGCGCGCGUG